AUGGGGGGCAGCGGCAUGGCCGAGAAAUACGACGUGGUCGUGGUCGGGGGCGGCAUCUCAGGUUUGUCGGCUGCCAAAUUGCUGUCUGAGUCUGGGGUCAGUGUGGUGGUUCUUGAGGCCCGGAACAGAGUUGGAGGAAGGACAUUCACUAUCAGGAACAGUCAAGUUAAUUACGUAGAUGUUGGUGGAUCGUAUGUAGGACCUACCCAAAACCGGAUUCUCCGACUGGCAAAAGAGCUGGGUAUUGAGACCUAUAAAGUGAAUGUCGAGGGCCAUAUGAUCCAUUAUAAGGGGGGAAAGUCACGCUAUUUCACGGGUAUUUCCCCUUCAACAUGGAAUCCCUUAGUUUAUCUGGAUUACAAUAACUUCUGGAGGACCAUGGACAAGCUGGGAAAAGAGAUUCCUCUUGAAGCACCAUGGGACGCUCCGCAUGCUGAAGAAUGGGACAAAAUGACCAUGAAAGAGCUGAUAAAUAAGAUUUGCUGGACCAAAGCUGCUAAAGAAUUUGCCACCUUCUUUGUGAACGUCAACGUCACGUCUGAGCCUCAUGAAGUCUCUGCUCUCUGGUUCCUGUGGUAUGUGAGGCAAUGUGGGGGCACAGCCAGGAUUUUCUCUAUCACCAAUGGGGGCCAGGAGAGGAAGUUUAAAGGGGGUUCUGGUCAGAUAUCAGAGAAAAUAAUGGAACACCUCAAAGGCAGAGUUAAACUGGAGAGACCUGUGGUCCGUAUUGAUCAGACAGGUGAUAAUGUCAUUGUGGAGACUCUGAACCAUGAGAUAUAUGAGGGCAAAUACGUGAUCAGUGCUAUCCCUCCAAUCCUGACAACGAAGAUUCAUUACAAACCAGAACUGCCGCCAAAGAGAAACCAGUUAAUUCAACGUUUGCCUAUGGGGUGUGUCAUAAAAUGCAUGGUGUACUACAGGGAAGCCUUCUGGGAGAGGAAGGGUUAUUGUGGUUCCUUCAUCAUUGAGGAUGAAGAGUCUCCAAUUGGAAUAACCAUAGAUGACACGAAACCUGAUGGAUCUUUCCCUGCCAUUAUGGGUUUCAUCCUUACCAGAAAGGCUGUUAAACUGGCCCAUCUCAGUAAGGAAGAGAGGAAGAAGAAGAUCUGUGAGGCAUAUGCCAAGGCAAUGGGGAUGGAAGAGGCUUUACAUCCUGUGCAUUAUGAAGAAAAGAACUGGAGCAUGGAGCAAUAUUCAGGGGGUUGUUACACAGCCUACUUCCCACCAGGCAUAAUGUAUUCUUAUGGAAGGAUCAUUCGCCAGCCCUUUGACAGAAUCUACUUUGCUGGCACAGAGACAGCUACCCAAUGGAGUGGAUACAUGGAGGGGGCCGUACAGGCAGGAGAGAGAGCAGCCAGAGAGAUAUUGCACAGUAUGGGGAGGAUCUCAGAGAAUGAAAUUUGGAUGCCAGAGCCAGAGUCGAAGGAUGUCCCAGCCCGACCGUUCACCACCAGCUUCUGGGAGAGGAACCUGCCAUCUGUGCCAGGACUGCUGUGCCUGCUUAGCUCCACCGUGUGUUUCACCUCUGUGGCUGCUGCGGGGCUAUUUGCCUAUAAAAAGGGACUACUAAUUCGAAACUAGUGGGGACCACACGUCCAGUGGAAGCUGCAUACUCCCUCUUCUUCCCUUUUACCAGAUGAGUGUUAUUUUUGGAGAGAAGUGGCACAGACAGCUGGAAAGGGCAAAAGUUGUUCUCCUUGUGAUUUUUCUUUUUAGUACCAUAAUUAAUGCAUCAAAUCUACUGCAGUUCCUACCAGCUAAACAGAAAUAAAUCGACUGUGGGGGCGUUUUUCAAAUUUGCCUUUUCCUUGUCUAUUUGUUUUGAUUGGACAUGAUAAUAUGGAUGGUAUAGUCCUAAUACAAGCAAGGCAAAAUGCAGAUCACACCUUUCCCAAAAGGCAAAGAGGCCUUGGAGAAUGCAUUCGUUUCCACUCGCUGCUUUAUUUUUUACCACACGAGAUAAUAAAUGCCUUUAUGUAUUCACCUCAGUUAGCAGCUCAGAAUGUCUGAGGUUAUUCCCAUAACAUCCCUGCUGCACAGAAGAGAUUAGCAUGCCAAUCAGACGUAGAAUUGCCAAAUUAAUUUUCAAAUGCGUUUGAUUGAUUGAUUAAUUAUUAAUCAUCUCAACAUGAAACUUAACCAUGACCUGGAUGAAAAGAAGUAAUUGGCACGAAGCAACUCGCUAAAUGGCGAGAGAGGAAGCGCAAGUGGACUUUAUUCUGCCUGCUACCGAGCAAACAUCUGCGCUUAUCAUUUCUGCAGGGUGCCUGCGUCAGUGCAGCAUGGCCACGGCGUGGCUCUUGGUUACUUCCUGGCCCAAGAGCAUCCGAUCCAGCCCAGCCGUUUGUUGUUAAAACGGAGUGAAAUGAAUUAGCAAAGUUCAAGCCCCUCCGACUUGCAGCAGGUGCUAGCUGUUAUUUUCCAAAUGGCAGCAGCUUCCUGGCUCCCUGUCAAUUCACUGCCCCUCGUUUUGCUCGUAAUCUGUACCGCCUUCCUCCAAUAAGGAGAAAUAUAUUUGGGGCUUGAAUUACUGCCUUGUAAAUUACAGUAAUUGGAUGCAUCUGCCUGUUCCGCUCUUACUAUGUACAUGAUACACUUAAAAUAAUCACUUUAGUGUUUAACUGAAGUCUGGAAUAUAUGUUUCACAACAUACCAUCAUUAUGGGGUCUUUUUGCCAUGAGAUGUGAGCAUUGUAUGUGUCCAUGAACUCAACUGUCAUUCAACAUGGGUGAACUGUGCCUUCCAAUAGUCCUGAAACCUUGAUAAGAGGAGUUCUUCUAUAAACUUUUCUUCAGAUUC